CGGACAUCCCCCAGCACAAAGUUGGCGGGAGCCUAUAAAAGUCAGUUACGGCGCUACCGCGAACACUUAGUGCCGGCCUCUAGCAGCUACCGCUGGACCCGCUCCAACUCCUGCUGUGCCCGCCCCGCCACACCACCAUGUCCCACCACUGGGGAUACGGCCCCGACAACGGACCUGAGCACUGGUACAAGGACUUUCCCAUUGCCAAGGGCAACCGCCAGUCCCCUAUUGAUAUAGACACCAAAGCAGCCCUUCAUGAUCCAGAGCUGAAGCCUUUGUGUGUUUCCUACGAGGGGGCGACAUCUAGGAGAAUCAUCAACAAUGGUCAUGCUUUUAACGUGGAGUUUGAUGACUCCCAGGACAAAGCAGUGCUGAAGGGAGGACCCCUCACUGACACCUACAGACUGGUUCAGUUCCACUUUCACUGGGGUUCAUCUGAUGGGCAUGGCUCUGAGCACACUGUGGAUAAAAAGAAGUAUGCUGCAGAGCUUCACUUGGUUCAUUGGAAUACCACGUAUGGGGAUUUCGGAAAAGCUGUGAAACAACCUGAUGGACUGGCUGUUUUGGGUGUUUUUUUGAAGAUUGGUGAUGCCAAACCAGGCCUACAGAAGGUCAUAGAUGCACUGGGUUCCAUUAAAACAAAGGGUAAGAGUGCCACCUUCGCUGGCUUUGACCCUCAAGGGCUCCUUCCUGCGAGUUUGGACUACUGGACCUAUUCAGGCUCCCUGACCACCCCUCCUCUCCUGGAGUGCGUGACCUGGAUUGUGCUUAGGGAGCCCAUCAGUGUGAGCAGUGAACAGAUGAUGAAGUUUCGUCAGCUUAACUUCAAUGGGGAGGGGGAAUCAGAAAAACCCAUGGUGGACAACUGGCGUCCAUCGCAGCCUCUGCAUGGCCGGCAGGUCAGGGCAUUCAUCAAAUGAGAUGCUCCCAGGGCCAGUGUCCAAUGGCAAGUCUUGGGGUUUCCCUGCAGCUAGGCACAAAUCUACUGAGUGAAUUGGACCCUGGUCUUUUGGUGUCUGGUUUUCUAUACCUUUCAUAUGUCACUUGAUAUGCUUACUAUUAAAGUGGGAAGAGCUAGACCAGAUAUCAUGCUUGAUAGAAUUGCUGUGACAGGUAAUUUGCUUACAGAUGUGGCCAUUUUGUAACAGAGAAUAUAAUUAAAGAGACAGAAAAAGGUACCUUGACUUUGCUCACAACAUGUGGAUGAUGAGCACUCACACUAAAAUUUCAUUUUUAAUAAACAGCAAAGUAGAUGGAGCUCAAAUCCAUAUCAUAAGAUAAAUUAAGCUGUGUGAUAUAAAUCAGGUAAAAUAUUCACAAUUCUGUGCAACAUAAACCAGACAAAAUAAAUGUUCCUGACUCCAGGUGUUGUAUGAAAGAGAUACUUUAAAAUUCUUAUAUAGUUAUAGCAAAGUUAUCUUAAAUAUGAAUUCUGUUGUAAUUUAGUGACUUUUAAAUUACAGAAAUAUAAAUGAGGUAUUAUCUGUAAAAAUUGUUAUAAUUAUAGUUGUGGUACAGAGCAUAUUUCUAUCCAGAUAAUAUACCCUAAAUUAAUAAAUGUAUUUUAGAUAUAUUCUCUAAUAAAAUAUGAAAUUUUCCUUUG